GGCUUCUUGUGAAUUGAGAAAUUGUGCAGUUGUGUUGAGUCCUGGCUUUAGAUAAUCUAUCGACUUUUUCUAGCAUUUCACAGAUUUCUCUAGCCAUUUUCGCCAACAGUGCCGCGAUAGAUUGCCAAACAUCGCCGGAAGUCACCCAAACCAGACGGUUUACGGAUUAGCCACCGACUACCGAACAAAGACACAAUAAAAAUGUCUAUUAACAAAGAAUGUGGCUCCGUUUCUUCAUCCGGGCGGAUACUGUUUGACAUUCCAUGCAAAGUCUGUUCGGAUCAUUCUUCCGGAAAACAUUAUGGCAUUUAUGCGUGCGACGGAUGUGCUGGCUUCUUCAAGAGAUCCAUACGACGCAGCCGGCAGUACGUGUGUAAAGCCCGGGUCCAAGGCAGUUGUCCCGUAGAUAAAGCCCACCGUAACCAAUGCCGCGCAUGCCGGCUGAAGCGGUGUUCGGACGCUGGAAUGAAUAAAGAUGCUGUGCAACACGAACGAGGUCCACGCCAUUCUACCAUUCGCCGACAAAUGGCUAAUUUGUACGCCGGUGAUCAAUCCAGUCCUGUUGAUCUCCAGAUAACACGCCCCGGCUGUCUGCCUUUAGCGGCACCGAUGCCAUCGUUCCCAGUGUCACCGCUUAACAUGUCCAUGAGCACCGCUGUCAGUACGGUAUUCCACAACACUAGCAGCUCCUUGGCGCUACGGACGAAUCCCUUUGCCAUGACCUUUCCAUCCGCAUUGCAUCGUAGUGCAGCGGUGUCCAGUAUGUGCCAGCCCGUACCCAAAUACCCUUUCAACUUCGGUCUCUUGGGAACGUCCAUGGUGCCUAGUCUGGAUUUCAUGCGGGAAUCAGCGGGAAAUAUUAUUUUUAUGAAUCUGCACUGGCUGCGACAGUUGGCAGCGUUUUCUGCCCUUCCCCAGUCCGAUCAGCUUAUAUUAAUUGAACGAAGCUGGAAGGAGCUCUUUAUUUUAACCGCAACACAGCUAUACUUUCCCGGCGACAUUAUGAAUCUGGCAGCCGCCACACGGUAUCAAAAUAAAUCGGAAGCUGAUUACCGACUCAGCGGUAUGGAUCUCAAGGUUGACGCCGAAGAGAAAGCACUGGCCGACGACUUUCGAUUGUUCCAUGAUAUCAUAACAAAAUUCCGGCAAAUGCAAGUCGAGUGCAAUGAGCACCUUUUCCUGCGCGCCAUUCUUCUUUUCAAGCCUAGUCCGAGUAAUAACGACGACGCGCGUCCCGCUCUAACGGAAGUGCAAAUGGUAUCCGCUCUGCAGGAGCAGGCUCAAAUGAAUCUUAAUCGCUACAUUCAGGCGACAUAUCCCACCCAGCCCAACCGGUUCGGCAAGCUCCUCCUCAUGCUACCAGAAUUAAGCCAAGUGUCAGCCAAGAGUCUGCAGGAAUUAUUUUUCAAGAAAACCCUGGGCGAUGUACCAAUUGACACGUUAAUUCUUAAUAUGCAUAAAGGAUAUGACAUGCCCAGAGGACUCUGAAAAUGACUGUGCCCAAAUAUUUCCUCUCAUGGCUGUAAUGCUGAAUCGAUUGUGCUACUAUGUGCAAUAUAUGUUUAUCUCGAAACAGAAAAUUGUUGUUAAUUGAUUAUACGGUGAUGGCGCUGGCGUAAGACAUUAGUUAUAUACAAAUCACAAUCCUUGCACAUUAUUA